ACAUAAUGUAUUAUUACAAAAAUGAAACAUUUAAUAUUUAUAUCCAAAUUUGUGAUCUUCUCAGACAACUCAAGAAAAAAAAAACAAGAGUUCUUGCUUAAACAUUUAUUGAUUGGAGCCAUUAAAGCUUUUAUAUCUCUCGUGAAUUUUGAGCCAAAACGGUUAUAUAUUUCUUGUUUUUCUUUUUUUUUUUAACGGGUCCGAGUCACGAUGAGUCAACUCGGAGAUUUGCUUAGAGAAUCAGAAGAUGGAACAAGAAGUGAGAGGACGAUGAUGUUGAGUUUGCUUGAAGAAGAUCAAAUCAACGGUGGAGAUCGAACGAUGAGUAAAUGGACUACGUUGAAGCAACGGCUGAGAUUUGACUGGGUUGGUUGUUGUGGUAAGCCUCUUACUCUGCGUCUCAGACAAUCGGAAACACCAAUCGUUGUCGAUGAUGAUGAUGAAGAAGAAAGUCAAAACCGGGUCAUUGACCUUACGGGUUCGGGUACGGGUAUGGAGUUGGAUUGUUUGACACGUGGCGUGACGAGGAACCUUGCGGAAGCUUUAGCGGAGGAGAGAUUAGCGCACGUUACUGCGGAGGAGACUUCAGUUGCUAAAGUACCGUUGAUGAGGUUGCUUGCGGAAUCGGACGGUUGUGAUUCGACGACGUGUUUGGGUAGUGAUACGUUGUGUUGCGUUUGUACGGGAAGAGAGAAAGGUGCGGCUUUUAUUCCCUGUGGACAUAUGUAUUGUAGAGUUUGUUCAAGAGAGAUUUGGAUGAAUCGUGGGACGUGUCCUCUUUGUAACCGUUCGAUCUUUGACGUUCUUGAUCUUUACUGAGCAAAAUUCAUGGAUUGAUCUGAUCGACGAUGAUAUAUGUUCAGUUUCUUUGUGCAUAUUUAUAUUGUUAGUUACAUGAUCACUAAUUGUUGUAUUAAAAAUAAAUAAAUGGUGACUAAUCAAAGGGUAUCA